AUGUUUGGGAUUCAGGAGCAUUUGAUGCGAGAAGUGAGCGGAUUAAAAGAGAGAACUCUUGGAGAGGAGAUGGAUCCAGUUCGCUCCUGGGUGCGUAACGUUGGCGUGGUGGAUGCCAACAUCGCAGCGCAAAGUGGCGUGGCCUUAUCCAGAGCUCACUUUGAGAAGCAACCUCCUUCCAACCUGCGCAAGUCCAACUUCUUCCACUUUGUGCUGGCGCUCUACGAUAGACACGGCCAGCCCGUGGAAGUGGAGAGGACGGCCUUUGUGGAUUUUGUGGAACAUGACAAGGAGCAGACGGGAGAAAAGACCAACAACGGCACUCACUACAAGCUCCAGCUCCUCUACAGCAACGGGGUCCGUACAGAGCAAGAUCUUUACGCACGACUUAUUGACUCGGUCACAAAACAGCCAAUAUCGUAUGAGGGCCAAAACAAGAAUCCAGAAAUGUGCAGAGUUCUACUCACACAUGAGGUCAUGUGCAGCCGCUGUUGUGAGAAGAAGAGUUGCGGUAACCGAAAUGAGACGCCCUCUGACCCAGUCAUCAUUGACAGGUUCUUCUUGAAGUUUUUCUUGAAAUGCAACCAGAAUUGUCUGAAGACGGCGGGAAACCCCAGGGACAUGAGGAGAUUUCAGGUGGUCCUGUCCAGCACUGUGAGCGUGGACGGCCACGUCCUCGCGGUGUCUGACAACAUGUUCGUCCACAACAACUCUAAACACGGUCGGAGAGCUCGCAGACUGGAGCCCGGCGAGUCCGUGGAGAAUACCAUGGAGUAUGCCACCCCUUGUAUCAAAGCCAUCAGUCCCAGUGAGGGCUGGACUACAGGUGGUGCUAUGGUCAUUGUCAUUGGGGAGAACUUUUUUGACGGACUGCAGGUGGUGUUUGGAAGCAUGUUAGUUUGGAGUGAGCUAAUAACACCACACGCUAUUCGUGUCCAGACUCCGCCUCGUCACAUUCCAGGGGUGGUGGAGGUCACAUUAUCCUAUAAAUCCAAACAAUUCUGCAAAGGAGCCCCUGGACGCUUCAUCUACACAGCUUUGAACGAGCCGACAAUAGAUUACGGUUUCCAACGGCUUCAGAAAGUCAUUCCGCGGCAUCCUGGCGACCCAGAAAAAAUGGCUAAGGAAAUUCUACUGAAAAGAGCAGCAGAUCUCGUAGAGGCUCUAUACGGGAAUCCACACAGUAAUCAGGACAUGUUACUAAAAAGAGCCGCCGACAUUGCGGAAGCCCUCUACAGUGUUCCCCGUCCUCACAGUCAGCUGCAAGCACUUCCCAGCUCACCAGCCCACGGCAGUGUCAUGGGUUUAGGUUCCUACCCUCCCCAAUUAGGCGUUAGCAUCGGCGAGCCAGGACAGAGCGGCCAAGGUUAUAUUCGCAACUCCAGCAGCUUAUCACCAAGAGGUUACCCGUCAGCUUCCACACCUCAACAGUCAAGCUACGGAGGCGGCGGAGGAAUGACUGGAGGCUAUGGAACUGUUCCUAUGACCAGUCUAGGAGUUCCUGGGUCACCUGGCUUCAGCAGCGCUUCUCCCACGGGAUCCCCUUACAUAAUGCCGUCCAGCCCAACUAUACCCGGAAGCUCCAGCUCGUCGUCAUCUCUGUUGCCUUUCUCCUCUUUCCCGUCCGCCGCUAAACAGAAGAGCGCGUUUGCUCCCGUGCUCAGGCCGCAGGGCUCCCCUUCCCCAGCCUGCCCCGCCUCAGCGGCGAACAGCUUCAGAGGUAGCCAUCCCACUCACUAUCUGACCCCGCUCUCCGAACUUACGAAUGCAGUCUAA